AAAUUAGUCGUCGAACGCUAAGCAACAUAUUCAUAAAAAGUUGUCUAGCCAUCGAACACAUAGAUGUUAGUCGUCGCGGUGGAGGAAAUUAUGAAAUAAUCGCUCUGCGGGUGUGCUAAAAAAGAAACAGCGCGACCAAUUCUUCAGAUAUCCCAAGACUAUAUAUAAAAUAGAUCAACCAUGGCGACUGAAACUACAAAAAUGAUCUACACACCACCUCCGCUGGACAUCAAAAUGGAAGUUGAAAUUGGUGAGCCACCCCAACCACCUGUGAAGAUGUCCAACUUCUUCGCCAAUCAUUGGAAGGGUUUGGUGGUAUUUCUGGUCCCUCUGCUUUGCCUGCCUGUAAUGCUUCUGAACGAGGGCGCCGAAUUUCGUUGCAUGUACCUGCUCUUGGUCAUGGCCGUGUUUUGGGUGACAGAAGCCUUGCCGCUAUAUGUGACCUCAAUGAUUCCCAUUGUGGCGUUCCCCAUAAUGGGUAUAAUGAGCUCCGAUCAGACCUGCCGUUUGUAUUUCAAAGAUACGCUCGUGAUGUUUAUGGGCGGCAUUAUGGUUGCUUUGGCAGUGGAAUACAGUAAUCUGCACAAUCGUCUCGCUUUGAGAGUAAUCCAGAUCGUGGGCUGCAGUCCCCGAAGAUUACACUUUGGCCUGAUUAUGGUUACAAUGUUCUUGAGUAUGUGGAUCUCGAAUGCCGCCUGCACGGCCAUGAUGUGCCCAAUUAUCCAGGCUGUGCUGGGGGAGCUUCAGGCACAGGGCGUCUGCAAGAUCCACCAUGAACCUCAAUACCAAAUCGUCGGUGGCAACAAGAAGAACAACGAAGAUGAGCCACCAUACCCCACCAAGAUCACUCUGUGUUAUUAUUUGGGAAUUGCCUAUGCUUCCUCAUUGGGCGGCUGUGGAACCAUUAUUGGAACUGCCACCAAUUUGACCUUCAAGGGCAUCUACGAUUCAAGUUUCCCCAAGUCCACCGAAAAGAUGGACUUCCCCACUUUCAUGUUCUACUCGGUGCCCUCGAUGCUGGUGUACACCUUCCUCACAUUCCUCUUCCUGCAAUGGCACUUCAUGGGUCUGUGGCGUCCCAAGAGCAAGGAGGCCCAGGAAGUCCAGAUGGCCAAGGAUGGCGCAGAUGUGGCUAAGAAAGUAAUCGAUCAGCGCUACAAGGAGCUGGGCCCCAUGUCCAUCCACGAGAUCCAAGUGAUGAUUCUAUUCAUCUUCAUGGUUGUGAUGUACUUCACCCGCAAGCCGGGCAUCUUUUUGGGCUGGGCCGACUGGCUGGACACCGUGGACAUUCGUAACUCUAUGCCCACCAUUUUCGUGGUGAUCAUGUGCUUCAUCCUGCCUGCCAACUAUGCUUUCCUGCGUUAUUGCUGCAAGCGCGGUAGUCCCGUGCCCACGGGCCCCACUCCCUCGCUGAUCACCUGGAAGUUCAUCCAGAGCAAAGUGCCAUGGGGUCUGGUGUUCCUGUUGGGCGGCGGAUUCGCUUUGGCCGAGGGCAGCAAGAAGAGCGGCAUGGCCAAGAUGAUUGGCGGUGCCCUGAUUGGAUUGAAGGUCCUGCCCAACGCAGUGCUCCUGCUGGUGGUUAUCCUGGUGGCUGUGUUCAUGACUGCUUUCAGCUCCAACGUGGCCAUUGCCAACAUCAUUAUUCCCGUGCUGGCUGAGAUGGCCCUGGCCAUUGAGAUUCAUCCACUGUACCUGAUCCUGCCCGCGGGUUUGGCUUGCAGCAUGGCCUUCCACCUGCCGGUAAGCACUCCACCCAAUGCUCUAGUGGCCGGCUAUGCCAACAUUCGGACCAAGGACAUGGCCAUUGCCGGAAUUGGCCCAACCAUCAUUACCAUCAUCGUUCUGUUUGUUUUCUGCCAAACCUGGGGCCUGGUCGUCUAUCCCAACCUCAACACUUUCCCCGAAUGGGCGCAAGUUUAUGCCGCGGCAGCGGGAAACAAGACGCACUAGUUAGUUAGUCUUUAGUGUGAUUUAACUCACAGACCACAGGCCACAGCGGUAAAAUCAUAUCAUUUUAGGGAAUUGUACAAGAAAAGUGCCUUUGCUGACAGCGAAAAGUGUGAAACAAUAUUUAACGAUACUUGCAUUUCUGAAUUGCGUAAUGUUUUGUAACGAAAACAUCAACUAUUGUUUAGCAAAACGUGUUGGAAAGAGUUCACAUAAUAUACUAUUGAUCAGGCCUUCAGCUCCUGGUUUGCAAACUCAGUUAAAUACAAAUAUUUGUUCAAAUUUAAAUACACAUUAAUGUUACUUAAUUGUUGCAUUUAGAAAAAAAAAAAAAAAAGAUUUCGAAAAUGUGGGGAAAAUUAAGUUCAAUGGCUUGCCGAUAUUUUUAAUAACUAGACUGAGAGAACGUACAUAUUUCAUACAUGUUUUGCAAUUUGUAAAAAUUUAAUAUUUACAAUUUACUCAAUAAUUGAUUGCGAACCGAAAUGAGCACACAAAUAGCCUUAGUAUAAGCUUAAAUGAUACUGUGUAAAUUUGCAAAUGAUUUAUGUUUUAUAUAGUUUGUAAAAAAUAUGAAAUAAAAAUAAAAAGCUCAAACGACA